AUCUAAGUCAAUAAAACGCUUUACUGUUUUUGUUUACAAGGAGGGGAACGAUAGUCGACAAAAGAUAUUCACGAUGUCAGCUAAAAGCUGAGGGAAAUUAUGUGAACAUGAGUUGGAAUAUAUUCAACAGAUAUUCGGCACCAAAGAAGAGUGUUGUUUCUCGAACGACUGAAAGGGAGUUUGGAAGAGAAGUUAAAAGAGUAGAAAGCUUAGAUGAAACUAGUAAAAAGCUAUACAAGGACACAAAGAGAUGGAUGGAAUCAAAUGCUGCCUUGUCACAAAGUGAACAAAAGAUUAUCCAGGAUCUCCUGUUGAACCCAGUAUGUCAGAGCGAGGCCCAGCUGAAUGAGAUGGUCACUGAGUGGGAGAAAGCCACUGAAAAACAAAACUCACAUUCCAAAGAACUGAACAUUGUUGUUCAGAAAACAAUGGCAGAUCCAGUUAAGAGACUUAAUACAAUAUUUCCAAGUAUACAAGCUGCUUUGAAGAAAAGAGAGCAGAGUUUGCAGGAGUACGAAAAAUCUCAAGCCAAGGUGGAGAAGCAGAAAAACAGAGAAAGAACGGGACAAAAUGUGGUUAAGCUUGAUUUGAGCAAAAAAGCCGUUGAAAGAACAAAGGCAGAAUUCGACAGUCAGAACCAAGCCCUCUCAGAAGAUCUGCCAAAGUUUGUAGAAGGCCGAAUAGAAUACAUUCAGCCUUGUUUAGAGUCCCUCAUCAAAUCCCAGGUUUCAUACAAUUCUGAGGCUUUAAAGAUUUACACAGACCUUGAAGAUCACUGGAAAACUUCCAAAGAUUUGUCCGAGAUGAAAUCUCAACAUCAACAAACAUUAUCAGACAUCAAAGCUUUAUCUAUAACUGUAGACUAAUCCAUUUCAAUUUUCUAAUGCAAUACGAUGUAGUUAUACACAGGGUAAUAUUAACAGGAAAAAAGUUUUUUCCAAGCAUAUAUCUUGAAGUUUGUAUAUCCAUAUAUAAUGUGCAUUUCAUUCCAAGAGGAGCCUGAAGAGUAUUCAAAUGGAGGGUGAUACAGAAACUGAUAAACUAUUGAAACAGCAGCAAGUUUUCAUUGUGAUGAUGCAUGCAGUACCAAAAUGAACUAAAAACUGCCUUUUGAUAUAGAAAUGAUUAUAGUAUCGCACCAAAGUCCACACACAAUCUUGUUGAAAAUGACCAUUAAUAUAUACGUACGAAAAUUACAGGUAAUACGGAUAAUUGGGGGUGGAGGACGAGAAGAAAGUCUGCAUGUUUUCAUAGUUAUGUGUAUAUUUUACUGACUAUGAAUUUUAAAUAUAUCCCAAAACUUGAAUAAAUAUUAAUGUAUGAA